GGCAAAGAGUAGCUUUUCCCCUCUGUCACAUUGUAGUCUUUUACAGUCCACAGUACUUAUUUCUUUAAUAAUUUACUCCAUUCAACAAUAAAAUUACAUUUUUUAUUACUAUGGCGAAUGCAGUAACAGGCAACCUUACUGAUAAUAAUGAUAGGUUUAAACCGAAUUUCGAUCGGUUAAAAACUAUGACUGAAGAACAAUUCUUUAGGAACCUAAAACAAGUUGUGUCAGGGAAUGAAAUCGAAGCCGGAUAUCGUGAAAUGUUUGAUCGGGCAAUACAAGACUAUGAACGUUUGAAAACCAAGAGUGUCGAUCAGCAAAGGGAUGUGUACACUGUUUAUGAACGAUAUAAGAUUUUAGAAGAGAUGUAUAUUAAAGAGCAUGAACGUGUCUUGGAAGCGGAGGACAAGCGAUGGAUAUUGGAUAACAAAUUGAAAGAACAAGAAAAAACAAUUAAUGAGUUAAAAGAAGAAGUAGAGAAAUAUAAGAACUUAUAUAAAACGAGCCGAGAGGAGUAUACUUUAGUUACCACUAAACAAGCAUUAGGGCGCAAAAAUAUUGAGCAACAUCUUAUGCAUAAAGCGAUAGAACUAGCAGAAGUUAAAAAAAAGGCGGAUGAAAAAGAAAAUGAAGUGGUCAAUUUGUCAAAGCAAUUAGAAGCGACAAUGAAGGAGACGGAAAGUCUCAAGGAAGUUGUGAGCUACCUUCAAAAUGUGUUAGGGUCACAGCUGACAGCUGGAGCCCGUUCUAAUGGAUUGUAAAAGACUCAAUAUCUUUCCACAGAACAGUUACAGUUGCUUAUUUAUGUAUAUCAAAUCUUUACAACCCGUUUACAUCACAUUCCUUUAUGAAUCACUUAUAAUUGGCGGCAAAAGACAUUUUGCAAUAAAAGCGAGCGCAAUAUAUGCCCAACUCUUGAAUUGCAAGAGUUUAAAUUACGCGCACUUCUACAGUAAGGAAGA